CUGCGUCUGUUCCCAGAGAGACCCUCAGUCACAUUUGUUUGUACAUGCGUAAGAAGAUCUGCGGUCAGUCUCGCAGGCAGCUCGUUGAUAGCUUGCUAUGAUAGGUGGGACUGGAGUGAAAGAACUGAAGUGAACACGUUUCUGUUGAUGCUUUGACACUGGAAACAUACGCUGGGCAGGAUGACUCUACUGGGUUCUGAACAUUCCAUUCUGAUUCGCAGCAAGUUUAAAUCAGUCCUGCAGUUGAGACUCCAGCAGAGGAGGACACGAGAGCAGCUCGCAGACCAGGGCAUCAUGCCUCCCUUGAAGAGUCCGGCUGCAUUCAAUGAACAGAGGAAAAGUCUCGAGCGAUCCAAGACUGGCGAUUACUUAAAGCACAAAAUCAGAAGUCGUCCAGAUAAAACUGAGCUUAUCAACAUGCAUAUUCUACAAGAACCGGCCAGCGAGGCGUCGACACCAGACUCGCAGACCAAACUCAAGCGAGCCAGGCUUGCGGACGACCUGAACGAGAAAAUCGCUCUCAGACCGGGCCCGCUGGAGCUGGUUGAGAAAAAUAUUAUACCUGCCGAUUCGACUGUGAAAGAAGCCGUAAAGAAAGUUAACCAUGAGAAGUACCCUAAGCAGGAGGACUCGUAUGCUUUUGAGGAGUACAGCAGCAGUGAAAGUCUUUCCCCUGAGCAGCCUCACAGCGAAGAGUCCCAGAGUUGUGCCGAACCGCUCACGGAGAACAAGACCACCGGCUCGCCCUUACACACCCUGACCGGCACUAGCCAGGGGUCUCAGAACAAAGAUGCCAUUACUCAAAACCCAGAGGACAAUGCACAUGCCACAGACAACCAUGCAUCUCCACCCAUUCCAGUCCCUGCUAUAGUGAAGCAGUCCAAAAUGUCCGACAAGAACCGCCACAAAAAGCCCAAAGACAUCAAGCCUAAAGUGAAGAAGCUCAAGUACCACCAGUAUAUCCCACCAGACCAGAAGGCAGAAAAGUCCUCUCCUCCACCCAUGGACUCCGCCUAUGCCCGGCUCCUGCAGCAGCAGCAGCUUUUCCUGCAGCUACAGAUCCUCAGCCAGCAGAAACAUCAGCAGCACUCACAUUCCCAUCAGCAUCAGUGUCCACAGAGCCAGAGCUUCAGCUACCAGACCUUGAACCAGCACACACCAAAUAAGCAAUCCAGUGAGCAACAAACAUCAUGUAGUUCAAGUGUACCCACAAGCGGCGUAAACAGUAGCUCCUCGUCUCCUGUGAAGACCACCUACUGCAAUCCCACCUCCGUUACCCCAGUCAGACCAGGACCAUUACCUGCUAACCUGGAUGACUUAAAAGUAUCUGAGCUCCGGCAGCAGCUGAGAAUACGUGGCCUACCUGUGUCUGGCACUAAAACGGCACUAAUCGAGAGACUGCGGCCCUUUAAAGACUCCAGCUCCAGUUCCCCAUCGAGCUCUGGAGACAUCAGCACUGUGGCUUUCCCCAUGACCCCUACAGGAUCUCUGUCAUCCUACCAAUCCCCGAGUUCUUCAAGUGCCAUGUCUCAUGGUGGUGGCUACUACCCGUUCUGUAGCACCAGCUCCACUCCACCCAUCUCACCAGCCUCUUCCGAACUCUCCGUCAGUGGAUCCUUGCCUGAUAGCUUUAGUGAUGUCACCAUGUCCUCCCCACAUUUUGGCCUGCAGCCAUCCCCGGCCCAACUGAGCACAGAUGAGGGCCUUGGAGUGGGCUGCCUACGUGGGGAUGCCCAGACUGGAUUAGAGUCUCUAGGCCUAGAUGCAGAGAAGGAUAAGAUGUUGGUGGAAAAGCAGAAAGUGAUCGAGGAGCUCACAUGGAAGCUGCACCAAGAGCAAAGGCAAGUGGAAGAACUGCGGAUGCAGCUUCACAAGAGGAAGCGUGCCAACUGCCUCCAAGAAUGUCCUGCUCCAACUUCAGGACCCCUACCGCAACACAUGAUGCAUCUCCAGACCCCACCGCCGAUGCAUCAGUUCUACGGAGUGUCUGUUAAACAGGAACAUGUGGCUUCAAGCUGCCCACUUUCAUCCAAACAGUUCAAAGGUGGCCCAAACAAUAGCUGCAUGGAGGGAAUGGGUCACUGUAGCCCUCACUGCCUUGAAGUGCCCUCUUCUGGAAGUCCUGCUGGCCUCUCAGCAUUUCUGAGCCCUCAGUGCUCUCCUCAAGAUUCCCCCGUAACUAAAAACUCCAGCAGCCCCCAGCCCAGCAGUGUGCCUUCAUCCCCCAAUCACCCAUACAUGCUGACCCCACCUCUGGGCAGAGAUGGUUGCUCUCACCAACUCCCUCAAAAUGGACCCAGACCACGCAAUAUGCAGUUACAGCAGAAAAAUGUCGGACAGACGGUGAGCUGUGCAUAUCCAUCUGACCAAAGAAGCUUGCAGCCUAUAUACCAAAGUCCUGCGGAGAACAACUUAAACCCAAGAGGGUUAUCCAAGGCCAAGAACGCUAACAUGCAGCAAAAGCAGAUGACCAGGAGCCAGCAGAUGGAUGAACUUCUAGAUGUCCUUAUUGAGAGCGGAGAAAUUCCAGCUAACGCCAAAGACGAGAGGUCACCUGUAACCAAAGUUGUGCCUCACCUUACAGUUUCGACGAGCAACACCAGCAGAGUGGCCGUACCAAAGUUUCACAGACACUUCAUAUCGCCCACCCUGCUUCCCUACGAGCAUGCCGCAGGUCACGGGGACGGCCACUUGGAGGCGCUACUGAGUCCAAUAAGCCGGCAAGGGGACCUGGAGGAGGCGGGGGAUGGCUUUACCGGCCCUCAACACGACGAGAAGUUGCUAAGCAAUCGUGAUAUGAUGGACACGCCUUUAUCGCCCAUGGCAACCAAAGUCUUACCAGUCACUGCUGAAAACCAGGGGCUGGGGAUGACAUUUACAGAGUCGCCCUGGGAAACGAUGGAGUGGUUGGACCUGACUCCACCCAGCUCUGCUACAGCAUUCAAUACCAGCAUGCCUCCUCCCGGACCGAGCAUCUUCAACGCUGAAUUCCUCGAUGUGACGGAUAUCAACUUGAACUCUGCAAUGGAUCUGCACUUAGAACAUUGGUGAGUUGGGCCAGACUUCUCCAAAAGCAAACGUUUCCUAUGCCAAAGCAUCACUAUGCACUUCGAUAAACACGAACAACACCCAAAGCCUUUCAAAAUGACCUGGACGAGCACACAAGCAGAAGAUGAAAACAUGGUUAGUUUCACGAUUCGGUCUUCAUGGUAGCUUGUAAAAUGAUUCAUAUCGUCCUAUAGCUUGGCUGGAUGAAAGCAUUACUGUUUUAUCAACGGUCCAUCAAAACUUGAAAGUUGUUUUGACUAUGGAUACUGGGAAAGAAUGUUUUUAUUACUGGAAAAAGAAAAAUCCUACGGAACAGAUUGGAUUCACGCAGGGAUAUCCAUACCAAAUUCAAGAGUGUUUUGUGAAACCAUUGUAAAUAUUCCACUCGAUCCUUUGUUUUAUUUUGUCUGCACAUUUGUGGUGUGGUAAAACACAUAUUAAUGCAUUAAAUAUGUUCACGAACAUCAAACUCUAGUAUAUAUCACGUGUACUCUAUUAUGCUAUUGUAAAUAUUCACACACUUGCACCUUGAGUAGUAGGGCAUUUAGUCCUAUGUGUCACACUUUUGCUUAUGCAUUUCAUUUUUUGAGAGCAUUUCUUCCUUUUUUAUUUGCAUUUAAUAGUUUUAUUUAUUUAGAGACCUGAAACUUCUGUGUAAUGUGGUAUUCUUCAUGUGAGAGUGUAUUCUUCAUAUUCAGAAAGGAAAUGAAUAUUAUGACAAUCCAGUUCUCAGACUAUACAGUAUGUGUCUUCAUAAUCACUGGAGAAAUAAAGUGUAAUUGGAGCAAUCCAUUUUUUUGAUUUGUUAGCUGAAAGAUGAAAUCUAUCAAAUUCUUGCCCAAAAUGUUUUUCCAAAAUAUGUACCCAGCGGUCACUAGGGCAGCACCCUUUGAAUAGGUCCUAAUAUGUACCAUUAGUUACAGAUAUGUUAACCAAUUUUGGUACCAAAUAUGUACCUUGAGGUACUAAUAUGAAGUCGUUAGGUGCAAAGCUGUACUUUUUAAGAGGGUAUAGCCCAUUGACUGUAAAAAAAAAAAAUGCACGUUGUGUCUGUGACGUCACCCAUAGGUUUGUAAAGAGCUUUUUUUAAAGCCAAUAGUUGGCAGGGCUUGCCGUCACCAUCUAAUGCUGUGUUCAGACCAGUCGCGGUAGAGGCGUCAAGCGCAAAUGAUUUCAAUGAUAAGUCAUUGUGAAGAUGCGUUGACACGCCUCUGGAGGUCUCGUGGCGCGAAUGAGGCGUUUAGUGUGGUGCGGUAGACGUGAUUCCGCCUCAUUCGCGCGUCUAGUUCAUGUGAAUGGCGCGAAUUGAGCGUUGCCACGGCAAAUGCGCGAGUUGAAAAAUUUGAAUUUUGGGGGAAAAACGCGCUGCAUUAGCCAAUCAGGAGUUUGCUCUUGUAGUGACGUGAUUACAGAAAGCAAGCAGAAGCCCCUCCCAUGACGCGAAUUUCUGCGUGAAUGUCUCAAUGACUAGAAUUUCAUGCGCGAAUAAACUCAAAAUUUUCAAGUGGCAAACUAGACGCGGUAGACGGGAUUUUGACACCUCAAACACAGCUGGUGUGAACCCACGGUUACUGUGGUUACUGUGCGUUGAGGCGUCAAAAUUUUUUGAGUGUACUCGCUUCAUUCUUGCGUGAAAUUCUAGUUAUCGAGACAUUCACGCGGAAAUGUGCGUCAUGGGAGGGGCUUCUGCGACUCUGCUCACUUCCUGUAAUCACGUCACUACUACAGCAAGCUACUGAUUGGUUAAAGCAAAUUGUUCAACUCGCACAUUUGCCAUGGCAACGCUCAAUUCGAACGUGAGACCUCCAGACGCGUUUACAUUUCUUUAUAUUGACUUAACACUAAAAUUACUUGCGCUUGACGCCUCUACCACGGCUGGUCUGAACGCAGCAUUACCAUCGCGUUGCCACACAACCGCCUAGCUCGACUCUAGUGACAGCAGUGGCAGUUCACCCGUCACUCAAGUGGCCACACCCCUAAUUACACAGAACUUUAAGGCUUAAUAUAAUUUAAACAGAUGAGUUACAAAAAAAUUCACCCCCUCACAGUUGCCAUGAAGGGCAAAAUUUGCUAUAUAGACCAAAAACACCUUUUGUACCAAACUGUAAACAUUUUUUUCUACUGUAAAGUUGGGCAUUUUAACAUGGAGGUCUAUGGGGAAUUGACUCCCUUUUGGAGCCAGCCUCUAGUGGCCAGUCCAUGAAUUGCAGUUUGAGUCACUUCAGUAUUUAUUACUCAUCAGAGAUCAUAAGGUUGCCCCUCGGUACAGCCCAAGUAACAACUGGGUUACAUAUUUUGACCUUUUUUUUGACCAUUUAUGUUUUGCAUUCCCACGUAAGCUCUUUUUAAUUUUUGCUCUUAAUAUCUUAUUCUGAUGUAUUUAUUUCAGCCUUUACUUUUAAUUGACAUAUUUAUACAUAUUUAUGAAACAUUCCUUUUCAUUACAAAAAAAGUUGAGUGUAAACUUGCUCAUGGUUAAAAGACCAUACAGUUUCCAACAGUAUUAGGAUCGGUUAAUAACAUAAAUCCCCAUUAUUGAUUUACAAAUUACAUGCACUGAUAACACUUAGGUUUUUUUUUUUCUAUAGUUGCGAUUUUUAAACACCAUAGAAAUGAUUGGAUUUCUACAGUUUAUUCUUAUAGAAAUACUGAAUGUAAGAUGCCUGACCGAAUUGUGCUCUUCUGCCAAUUAAAAUGACUCCUCAACAUUCAUAAAGCAGGUGAUGUAAAUUUUACAAGCACUUGUGAAAAAUAAAACCUAAUAUAUAGGCUGAUAUUUUAACUUCAACUGUGAAACUAGAUUGUAAACUGUGGUAAAUUUGGGACCUUUUUUGUACUGAUUAGCAGAAAGGAGUUUCUCUAUAAAUAAUAAUAGUAGCUCAGCAAAAGCUCAAACUGUGAAUAGAUUUGUAUUUUAUAUGUAUGAAAUGAAUAAUUCUUUGCUUUUCUGGUAUCUGACGUUUCACUCGGAUGCUUUUGAGUUGUACGGACCAUACGGUUUGUCCUGAGGAUGGAGGCUCUUUGCAAGUGCCUUUAGUAUAUCCUAAACAAACAACAAUAGAAAUUUUACAGAAUACAAUUUGGGUUAUUACCCAAUGAUCAAGCAUUAAAGGGCAUUACAGACCAGGAUCGAGUGCUCUUAUGACUCAGUAUUUAAUUCAGUACUGUUUAAACGUAUUAAAGACCAGCAACUACAACUUGUCUUAUAACUUGAGAAAAAUUAUUUGUUACAACCAGAUACCAUAUUAAGGCUAUUAUCAUGAUUCUGAAUAAUGCAAAAAUGUUUUACAUUGUUUCAUGUAAUGUAAAGAAUUUCAGAUACUCCUAAAGAAAAAAAUAUAUUUGAAAACUAUCUUUGCUAUUUUAUAUUUUCCUGUUUAUUACUAAAUUUGUUUAUAAUGUAAAUGAUCAUUCCACAGUUUUCUCUUGAUGGCAGAAUACCAACAGUUACACCACACCAAUAAACUUCCAGUAUUAGCACUAUUUUCACUCCUUUGGUUUCUAGAGGUUUGUCUUGUUUCUGGAUUUCUCUUGGGGAAAACUACAAUAUAUUGAUUUGACAAAAAGCUUUUGUAUUGCUUGGCCACUAAACAACUUGACAAUAUAAACUGUCCCAUUAUUUGUCUACACCGCUGUAUUACUGC